CGCAAAGAGCCUUGACUACACCUAAGACAGCUAGAGCUGACCUGAGAAUCUUUCACAGAUCAUCACAGCUGAUGCAGGAGAGUCUCUUUGGAGAUGAAGAUGUUUGAGCUUUUUGGAAUUCUCUUUUUCUGCGGCCUGCUGACACCAUCUCAGGAAGUACUGCCUGGUCUGUCCUGCGCGGUCAGCCCGAGAGCGAUGCGGAAUGUUCUCUCAGGAGCCAUACUUCAGAACGGGCUUCUCCAGCAGCACCUCCAGAGCCUUGUGCUUCCAAACAUCAUGAAUGAAGGAGGUCUGCCGAAUGCACCCGUCAGUAUCACUAGACUACACCUUGUCAAGGCUCAGUUCCCUGAGCUGUCAGUGAUGCUGCUGCCUGGAGUUGGGGUCCAGAUGAUCAUCGCUGCAAAGCUAGAUCUCAGAGGCAACAGCUUGAUUGGUCUUCUCUCAGAAAUAAUUGAUAUCAUAGUGGAUGUGUCCAUUACUGCAAACGUUAAAUGCACAAAUUAUGAAUCAGGUACAGUCCAGGUUAUUAUUGAAGACUGCCUCUGUAUUUUUGGUGCUAUAAAGGUGAAGCUCCUUUCUGGCUUAUUGUCCCUAUCAAUAAACGACUUAGUGCGUAACCAGUUGACGGGAACUCUGCCUGGUUUGCUGUGUUCUGUGAUCAAUAUAGUCGUCAAUCUUGUGGGCAUCCAGCUCUUAGGCACUCUCAAUGCAGUGAUCCCCGUUGGUACAGCAGGAACGAUUCAAUAUCAGCUCGCCAGCCUUCCAUUUACGUCUGGCUCGUUCCUGGGAUUCGAUUUAGAUGGUGAAGUGCAUCAGGUGGGAGGCAGCAUCAUCCCCCAGGACUCAUCCUCCUCUACUUUGCCUCCUCUGCUGGACAAGCUUCUUGUCUUGGGACUGCGCCAGGGCUUUCUCAAUGCGGUUGUGUCCCUCCUGAUCCAGAGGCAGCCUCUGAUGUUUGUCAGCACACCAGAAACUUUCUCUGGUGCCAAACAGCUGAAAGAAGCUGUCAUGACCCUCUUUCCUGCUGGGUGCUCCAGCUGUCCUAGGACCGAUCCUCUGAGCAUUAAGAUAGUGUUGUCUGGGAACCCGCUUUUACUCUUGGAAGUAAACAAAGCCACUCUCAAGCUUUCUGUCAUGAUUCAGCUGUUCAUUCAGAAUUUAGAUGGAUCUAUCCUAAACCUUCUGCUCCUGAAGGCAGACGUCGGUCUAAGUGUCCGUGUUUCGGUUACUGGCAGAAGACUGCUGCUCACAGUGUCCCUGAGCAGCAUUGCCCUCUCCUUAGAAUCGUCUAGUGUUGGCAUCGGUAAUAUCUCGAGUCUCAAGCCACACUGCAAAAACCUUCUGGUGGAAAAGUUCUUGCCACUUCUCAAUGGUUUUCUGAGCAUCGGAAUCCCGCUACCAAACGUGCUGGGCAUUGACUUAGCAAAUGUGAAUGUUCAGAUAUUAUCGGGCCUAUUGGUAAUUCUUAUGUGA